GUACAACAGGCGUUGGUAAAACUGACUUGGGAAUUCAAUUAGCAAAAACUUUACAAGGAGAAAUUAUUAAUGGUGAUUCAAUGCAGGUUUAUAAAGGACUGGAUAUUAUUACAAAUAAAAUUCCACUGAAUGAACGAGAAGAAAUACCACAUCACCUUAUGGAUUUUUUGGAUCCACAUAAGGAAUAUCGAGUUACUGAUUUUACAAAAGAUGCACUUCGAACUAUUAAAGAAAUUCAUAAUCGUCAACGAAUUCCAAUUAUCGUAGGUGGUACAAAUUAUUACAUACAAUCUUUACUUUGGAGGGAUUCUCUUAUCGAAGGAGAUUCAUUUAAUGCAAAUGAUAAAGAGAGUAAUAUUGACGAGGAGAUUUUGGAUGCAAAGCCUGAAGUUGUUUACAAACGAUUACAGGAAGUAGAUCCAGUAAUGGCAAGUAAGUGGCACCAGAAUGAUACUAGGAGAGUUAGGAGAAGUUUACAGAUAUACAUGGAAACAGGAAAACCACAUAGUCAAUGGAUUAAAGAACAAAAUGAUCCAAAAGAAAAGGCCUCAUCAUUAAGAUUUUCACGUACUUGCAUUUUUUGGUUAUAUUCUGACUUGGAAGUUCUUGAUCAUAGACUUAAUUCAAGGAUCGAUAAAAUGAUUAAGAGUGGACUUUUUGAGGAAAUAAAUUAUUUAAGAAAUAGUGUUAAAACUGGAAAAAUACAAACUCCAUUGGGAAAUAAAGAAGAUUUUACACGUGGAAUUUGGCAAGCCAUAGGAUAUAAAGAAUUUGAUCCAUAUUUAACAGCU